GAAACUGAACCAGAAAUCAGAAAGACAUCAAAAUCAAAAAGAUUCUGUUAAAGCUCAAUUAUAUGCCCAUGGAGUGGGUAAGAGGUAAAACAAUCGGCCAUGGAAGCUUUGCUGCUGUGAGUUUAGCAAAACCCACAAACCAGAAUUCAGGUUUUCCGCCAUUAAUGGCGGUGAAAUCUUGUGGUGUAUCUCACUCUGCUUCCUUGAUGAACGAGCGUCUGAUCUUGGAAGAACUUAAAGAUUGCCCCGAGAUCAUCGGAUGUUACGGCGAUUCGCUGACGAUAGAAAACGGUAAAAGAUUGUAUAAUGUGGCGUUGGAGUAUGCUUCCGGUGGAGCUUUAGCCGACAAAGUGAAGAAUUCCGGUAGUUUCCGGUUGUCGGAAUCCGAAGUCCAACGGUACACGAAUUCCAUCUUAAGAGGACUUCAUUUUAUUCACCGGAAUGGCUUUGUCCACUGCGACAUCAAGCUUCAAAACGUUUUGUUGGUUUCGGACGGAGUCAAAGACGCCGUCAAAAUCGCCGAUUUCGGGCUGGCGAAGAAGGCCGCCGGAGAUUUGAAUUCGAAAUACGAAAUCAGAGGUACACCGAUGUAUAUGGCACCGGAGACAGUUGUCGGCGGUGAGCAAGAAUCGGCGUCGGAUAUUUGGGCACUUGGGUGUUUGGUCACCGAAAUGAUCACCGGAAACCCAGUUUGGAAUUGCUCCGACUUUGGCGCACUUUUGAUGAAAAUCGGAAUUGGCGCCGAAAUCCCAGAGAUUCCCGCGAAAUUAUCAGACGAUGGAAAAGAUUUUCUUGGAAAAUGUUUCUUGAAAGACCCCAAAAAGAGAUGGACGGCUGAGAUGCUCCUAAAUCACCCCUUCAUCAACACUGUUACAUAUAAAGAAGAAGCAGAGAAUCAAAUCUCCCCCAGAGAUCCAUUUGAUUUUCCUGAUUGGGAAUCACAACAAUCAUCGGAAUCCUCGACGGAAUUCGAUUGUUGGAUCGGAGAUGGAUCGGAAUUCCUAUCUGGGUCACCGUCAAUUCCGCCGGCGACGAGAUUAGGGCAGCUGCUGACAGAUCUGAAACCCAAUUGGUCCGUUUCAAGCAGUUGGGUAAAAGUUAGAUGAUGCCAGCAGAAGCAGAUUCAAAGAAUGGAAACUUUUUUUCUUUUUACAAUUUUGACACCGAUUUUUUCAUUAAUUAUAGUUUGAGCAGUAAUUGGUGAAUAUUUUUGCCACCAAGUUGUAAAUACCGAUAGAUAUAGAAUCUGUAUGUAUACAUGACUUUGUUACUUGUUAGUAUA